AUGGCCAAGUCCAAGAACCACACGGCUCACAACCAGGGUCACAAGAACCACAGGAACGGUAUCAAGCGCGCCCCCAACCAGAGGCACGUCUCGACCAAGGGCAUGGACCCCAAGUUCCUCCGCAACCAGAGGUUCGCCAAGAAGCACAACAAGAAGGCCGUGAAGGUGCUUCAGAAGCAGCAGAAGGCCGCCGCUGCCGCUGCCGUUGCCGCCGCCCCCGCUGCCACCAAGCAGUAA